UUAUGGCGGUGCCUUUAUGUGGACUCUUGAUUUUGAUGAUUUCAAAGGUACAAGUUGUGGCAAAGGUCCAUAUCCACUGUUAAAUGCUAUCAAUAAUGGGCUUGAAAGUGAGCAAACACCAUCAACAAGAGCAGUACCGGAAACUACAGAAGACACUGAAGUUGAAACAAUGACGGAAGCACCGGGAACUGCAAAUGAUACUGAAAUGGAAACAGCAGAAAUGCCAGAAACUACGGAAGAUAUUGAAAUUGAAACAUCGACCGAGGCAUCCGACUUUUUCAACAAAUUUGGGAUUAAAUCCUUCAUGAUAUUUAUAAAAUUACAGACAUCAUCAACAACAGCAGCACCGGAAACCACAGAAGGCACUGAAGUUGAAACAACGACGAGCGUUGUUAAACCCGGUGAGGAAUGUCCGGAGCCCGAUGGUUUAUUUCCGCAUCACAGUGAUUGCCAUUUGUUCAUUAAUUGCGCAAAUAACUAUCCACACAUAAUGGAAUGUCCGGUGGGCACCUUUUUUGAUGACACAAUCAAAGUUUGCAAUUAUAUGAGGAACGCGCCGGAUACAUGCAAAUGA